UCCUUAAUACUGCAUCCAUCAGCCUGUAGUUCAGCGGUCUGUGUCUGAGUCUGUUUUUGGACUUUAUUUGAUUCCAACCUUCAUUCAGAAUCUGACUUAAUGAUUCUCUUGUUUUCGGUAAAAACUCCGAACAAACUUUGAAUAGUAUUUAGAAUCCGGACAGUCUGCUGUGACGUCAGCAAACACCUGCUCCACCACAAAGCUCAGGUUAAAACAGAGUGUGCUGCAGGAUUCAGUGUGUGCUGGAGGAAGAUUUCACCAUCUCUAACAGCAUAUGUCUUUGUGCUAAGCUAGGCUAACAGACCAUGCUGAGACCUGUGAAGAUCCUCCUCUCUACAACAUGUCUGGCCACUCGCUGCUGUUCAGGCUUUGUCUCCAGGAUAAGGUACAUGAACAGGCUGAAGGAGGAUGAUGACUCGUGCGCCGCAGCUCUACCGAACGCUCACAUGUUCCUGUUCCACCGUCUGUCUCCUUUGCUGCAACGCACCGAGCAGGGAACCUUCAGACCUGCAGCACUGAUCACCUCAGAUGUGCAGUCGAUCCUGGAGAGACUGGGUUCUGACAGAGCCCUGCUGAAGGAGUCGGUUCUGAUCGGCUGCUCUGAACAGAACCAAGCUCAGUUCUGUCUGGACGUCGGAGAACUGGAUCAGGCAGCAGUAGAAGAAGAGUGUGGAGGAAACUUCAUCGACUUGAGGAAGGCGUUCUUUCUUCUUACUGGAGCAGAGGUGCCUCUGGUGGCCAAGGGUCAGGCUCUGCUGCACUGGCAUCAAACCAACAGGUUCUGCAGUGCCACGGGUCUGCCGACCAAACGCAACCAGGCAGGAAGUCAGAGAGUCUGCAGCAGCUCUGGCAUCAUCUACUAUCCCAAGAUGUCUCCGGUGGUGAUCGUCCUGGUGUCUGAUGGGAAACGGUGUUUGUUAGGCCGACAGUCGUCUUUCCCUCGAGGGAUGUACAGCGCUCUGGCUGGCUUCUGUGACAUGGGUGAGACAGUGGAGGAGGCUCUGAGCAGGGAGGUGGCGGAGGAGGUGGGUCUGGAGGUCCACAGUGUCUCCUACAGUUCCUCGCAGCACUGGCCUUUUCCACAUAGCUCCUUCAUGAUUGCCUGCCACGCCUCUGUUAACCCCGCCCACUCCCAGUUGGACGUGGACCACUCAGAGCUGGAGGAUGCUCGCUGGUUCAGUCUGGAGGAAAUCACCGCCGCCCUGCAGGUGAAGACUCCGCCGAGGAGGGGCGAUGCCCCCGUCCUCUGGCUACCUCCAAAACAUGCCGUUGCCCACCGCCUCAUCACAGAGUGGACUGACUGCCAGAGACGCCGCAAUGAGGGAGACUAACGUCUAACCUGAAGACGUAGAGGAGAUAAUAACAAACCCUACAUCCACAAUUGGUCCACGCUGAGUGUCCUCAGUCCUCAUCCAGAGUUCUCAGAGUCCAGAGGGACAGGUGUAAAAACAGGAAGUUAGUGACUGCAGCAGAGACACACAAAUGAUGGAGAAGAUGAAGACCCAAACUGACUCCUCCUCCUUCAUCACUCAGUGUCUCUGACAUCCAUCCAGGACAGAUGUCCAUUAAUCAGCUGAGACAUCAGAGACAAAUCAGUCAUCAUGUUUUAAAGUUUACAUCCUCAUUGCAGACAGGAACUGCAGCUCACUGUCAUCAUCAUCAUCUUCAUCACCAUCAUCUUCAUCAUCAGGCAGACAGCAGCUGAUCUGCUGAGCGGCAGAUUAAGAUGUAGAAAUACAAGCUCAAACUGUGACACAUCUUUUAUCUGUUAUUAAUAUUAAUGAAUCACAGUUUGACUUUCUGACCUCAGGAAGCUGAGCACAGUCUAGUGGUGUGAAUGAGAACAGCUUGUCCAACUUCCUGUAGAGUCGAAAGGAUGACAUCACUAAGUAUAAAUCAGUCUGAGACAAACAGGAAUCAGUUUGAUAAAAAACUUUAUUUCAAAUUAAAGCGUCUGAGAUAGAAAACA